AUGGAAAAGGGAACAGACAGAAUGGCCGCCGCGGCUCCCGCUCCUCCUGCCGCCGCCGCCUCCCAGUGCCGGAGCCCCCGCUGCACGGCGGAGCGCAGGGGAGUCCGCCGAGAACUCGACUCCUGGCGGCACCGGCUCAUGCACUGUGUGGGUUUUGAAAGUAUUUUAGAAGGGCUUUAUGGACCAAGGCUACGAAGAGACCUCAGUUUAUUUGAAGACUGUGAGCCAGAAGAGCUAACUGACUGGUCUAUGGAUGAGAAAUGUUCGUUUUGUAAUUUACACAAAGAAACAGUCAGUGAUCGUGCAUCAGUUAUCGGUUCUUCACAGUCAACGCCUACGGAGGAACUGUCAUCUCAGGGCCAGUCCAACACUGAUAAGAUUGAAUGCCAAGCAGAAAAUUAUCUAAAUGCACUCUUUCGAAAGAAAGAUCUUCCUCAGAACUGUGAUCCUAACAUUCCCCUAGUUGCUCAGGAAUUAAUGAAAAAGAUGAUCCGUCAGUUUGCGAUUGAGUACAUUUCUAAAAGUAGCAAAAUUCAAGAGAAUAGAAAUGGUUCAUCAUUUGAACCAGGUCUGAUAUGUAAAAGUAUCCAAAUGAACCAAACGGAAAACUCCCUUCAGGAAGAACAGGAUAGCCCUCUAGACCUCACUGUGAAUCGAACUCAAGAACAGAAUACUCAGCAAGGGGAUGGAGUGCUAGAUCUCUCUACAAAGAAAAACGCAAGGUUGGAAGAAUCAAAAUACGAUCCAUCGUGUUCUGAAAACUCAGUGUCUGGUUCAACAGCUGAUGCAAAAUCAGAGGAAACAACUAAUUUGGAAAAAGGAAAAUCAACAUUAAACAAAGUUUUGGAGACUUUUUGUUCAUAUCACUGGCAACAGACUUUGGCUAUGUUAAAAUUUUUAAUACAAGAUGAAAAUGUUUCUAUAGUUUGCAGUUGCAGGCAAACACGUUUUGUCCACUCUGAAACUCCCAGUUCACUCACUGAAGAGGAUGUUCACAUUUCAUUUUGCAAUUGCAAUGGACAUCUGCUGACAAAAAGGUGCUGUUUACAAAAUCAAAGACCAAAUACUUGUUUACCACCUCUGUCUGUCUGUAUUAAAGAUUUCCAUUGUUUGUCAUGCCAAGCUGUAGCAAUUGGAUGUAUUAAGACAGUGGUAAACAAAACAUGUAGUUCUCAUAGGUACUGCACUGAACAAUUAGAAAACAGGCAUUCUGUGAAAGCGGCAGCAUGUACAUCUUCCUCUAAGGACUGCGAUGUGCUGAACAGCAUUAAAAAUUCCAGUAGAUCUCGCAGCCCAUCACCACCUCCGCUGUCACCUGUACAGAGUAAAGAAUUUGAAACAUUGGAAGGAGCAGUUACAGAUUUUCCAACUUUAGACAACAACAGACCUGAAAUACCCAUCAACCAGCCUCCAUCCCUCUUGCCAGCUGAAGAAAGCAAUGGAAGGUUUGAACAUGAAAGUAAAACAUGCAGAGGAAAAGUGACUGAGUAUUCAGAUGGAACAUUGUUAUCAACAGAUCAAGAAGGCAGCAAUUACUGUAUAAAUUCUGAGAAGUUUGAGACAGGUGAGCAUUCUGCUAUUUUUCAAGAUUUAAUGGACCGUAUUAAUGAAAAAUUAAAAUCAAUAGAAACUACAGAUAUAGCAACAAAUCUUGUAAAAUUUUCUAGCAGUGACAGGGCACCAGAAAAUGAUGUGAAGUUGGGGAACUUCAUAACGUCUCUCUUGCAUAAUGCUAAGGCAAGUGAUUACAGCUUUAUGGAAUUACUUAGCCAACAUGAUAAACAAAUGGAAAAUAAAAUUAUCCAAACAAGAUUUCGCAGGCGUCAGGAAACUUUAUUUGCAAUGUAUAAUUCUCCUGAUUCACCAUUCAUUCGACGACAGUCUUUGCAAAUCAAGAGGGAACUUGCAAGCCUUGAUGAAACUCUUAUAAGGAAAAGGUCCAGUUCUGAGAGAAAUGCAAAGAAAUCUACAAAAAAAUUUGAUAAGAUAUACCCAAACAAAAGACGCAGCUUUACUGUGUUAGAAGAUAAAGCUUUGCAAAAUCUUGACAGUAAUCCAUGUAUGAAUUGCCAAAGCCAACCAGUGUGCUUUCCAAUACACCAAGCAGAAUCUUUCAAACUACCUCUUGCUGAUUUUCAAAGCAGCUCUGGCUUUCUGUCUCUUUCAGAAAACAACCCUAUUGCAGGCAAUCAAAUUAACUUUUCAAAAACACAAGGAGAUUUUGCAACUAUAAAAGAGACUGAUCAGAUGUCUCUGAAUGAGGAAGGCAAGAGAAUUUUGGGCAAAACUAAACGGAACAUUGUGCCGCCUGGAUGGUACUCUGUGUAUGUAACAAACAAUAUUGUAUUUGAAAAAUCGUCUAAAGCAAAAAAGCCUUUGGAAAGCAUGGAAAAAAUGAAAAUAAAGAAAGACGUUCACACUGAAAGAUGUAGCGACAGAAAUGUAAGCAAAAUUGUGAGAAAUACAAAUCUACAAGUUGUUGUAGAGCGUUUAGAAGAUACAAUAAACUUAGCCAAAAAGACUAACAAUCCAUUGUUGGAUAAUUACAAAAUAAGCCAAAAAAUAAAAGAUUGUGCUUAUGAGCAUGUUAUGAGCCCAGCUGUUAGGAGUGGCUUACCUUUCAGUCUGAGUGAAACAAGAUGCAUAGGACAAAAUUUCCUUCCACAUCCACGUGGGCCGAGCACCGGUAAAACCACAACUGUGUGUGUAGCCACAAGUAAGCAAGAAGUGGGUACAGAUGAAGAAAUGAAUGACAUCGUUUUGAAAUCUUCAUCCUUUGAUUCAUCCAGUUCAACUUCCAGUAAUGGGGACUUGCAUACAACUUGUGAAGCUGGAGAGAUCUCAUCUGCCUUAAACUACUCUAGCCCUAUUAAGCUUAUGUUUGUUUCAGAGGUUAAUAGUAGUGAUGGAAUCAAAUACACUUUGACAUCUGCAACUGCAUCUUCUAAAGCAAAUACAGAGAGUUGUUUGUUGCAGGGGCAAACAAACACUGUGUUGGAAGAACAGGCCACAAGAGACCUUUCUCAUUCGAUCCAUAUCAAGGAUUGUAAUCACAAUGAAAAUGGCACUAAGGAGGAAUCAAGUUGCAUUUAUGCUGAAGCAAAUGCAAGUUCUGGUGCUGUUGGUCAAACUAACUCAAAUAAUUCUAAACAAAAUGAAGAAACUGUGGAGAAAUCAAGCAGUAGCAGUGAAUUGGUUUUAAAAAGAAAACCUGGUAGACCAAAGAAAAUAGGUCCUCAAGUGGUUAAGCAGAUUAAGAGACCUAUUGGACGACCUCCUAAGCCAAAAGCAGACCUAACUGAAAGUAGAGAACAUAGAACUGAACUUAGCAGUGGUGGGAAAAGUACCAAAUCUGAUGCAGCAAUAAUGGAAGAAGUUGACAGUAACAAAAAUAUUAUUGUAACAGUUGUUUUUGGAAGGUCAAGAAGAACUAAAAGACAUGUUUCUGAAGGUAAUCUAAAUGUAAUCAGUGUUCUGCCUACACAUCAUGUUGAUUCCAAUUUUGCCAGCGAUCAUAGUAAAGCAAGGCAAAAGGCAGAAACUGAAAAUGCUUUGACUGAAAUAGUAAAAGCCUUACAGAAUUCUACUACUGAAAAUGAGGUCUCUGGUUAUGACUAUAUUAGACCUAUCAAGAGUAACCCAGCGUCACCACAUCCUUGCAACAAUAUUAUACGGACAGUUAAGAAACCUUUAACCACCAUUCGAAAACCUGGUAGACCAGCAAAAGUAAAAAUCUCUGGCAUAUCGGUGACUGUUAAUAGAUUUUCACCUCAGGAAAGAAAAGUGAGUAUUAGCAACUGUUUGCCUCCUUUGCAACAACAGAACGUGUUAGAAAAAAACAUACCACAGGAGAAAAGCAAUCCGCUGUGCAAUAAAGUGGGUCAAGUAAAGAGCAUUCAGAAAGAUUCUAGAAAGGAUGGAUCAGACAAAGUUAUUACAACAGCAUCAAGAAAAUGUGGAACUCCAUUGAGACAUUCUGUCAGAGACAGAAAACCCUCGCUCCACUUUUUACAUUCGUUAGCAUCUUCUAGUGCGUUCACUUGUAGAAGUGCCUUGCUACAUAAAUCUUACAAACUCCACUUGAGAAAAGCUAAAGAUCAAAAGGAUAAACGUAGGCAAUCAAAUCAGAGCAUAGCAUCCAAAGAUACCUCAGAAAUGAGAAAUUCAGGGAAUGCAAAAAAGGGUCCUGAGGAUGAUGAGUUCAGGCCCAUUAAUGAAAUGUCAUCAGAUCCCAUUUUUUCAUCAAAGCCGUCUCUCAGGUGGUGGGCUACUUCCACUUCAAACGACACUUUGUUGGAAGAACUAAAUAAUAGAUUUGAACAGAUAACGAAUACCUGGUUGCGAGUGGGGGGAAAUGAGUUUGAUAAAUGGGUGUGUGAAAAAAGGGAUCCCAUUGAACGAGACUGUAACACUGAAAUGUCAAACCCUUUAGACUCCUGCCUUGUAGAACUUGAAACAUCACCUAUAAAAAUGCUUUUUCAGAAAAAAUGUAAUAUGAAUGAACUCUGUGCCUGGUUUAUGCAAACUACAGAAACACAGUCUCUCUCUCUAGUGAGAAAGGCAAAUGCUCGCAAUCCUUUAGAAGUAGUUAAUACCAGAGAGAUAAAGAUGGAAACUAAACAAUCUGAUCUUAGUACUUGCCCUUUCAGAAAGCACUUUAAAAAGUUUGCACUAUCUUCUCCUUCAAAACCAGCAGGGAAAUUACAAAUAUUACAUAAUGUGGUCAGCUCUCCAGUCUUAAGCAUGAAAAGUAAUUUCACGUUAGCCAGAUUAAAAAGAAGUGAAUUUAGCAAGUUACAACAUGAUAGGUGGGGACAAACAAAAAAGCUAUAUAACCAGGCUCCAGGAGGCUGGAAAUCGAAAAAGAAAAAUUUACAGUUCUUCUGCCAAAGCCAGUUGUUUAAAAGUGCAAGUGAGGAAACCAGUGAUGAAAUGUCCAAGCUCCAGGAAAAAAAUACUGUAGAAAUCCAGACCACUGAAACUAUGAUGGAAUCUCAGAGUAGUGUCUUGCCAACUGGAAAUGAAGCCAGAGGUGCAUUUGCCCAACAGAUGAUGGGAUCUUCUGACUUUAACCCACAUCCUGGUUUAGCAAACAUACUUAAACCACAUGCUGAGACAAAUGGAACAAUAUGUAGCCAACAAAAUGUUAGAAAAGAACAAAGCCAAGAUAAACUGUUUCAAAAUGCAUGGAAAGCCAAAACCUUUAGAGAUUGUAGAAUAUUUCUGAGAAAAAUCAACCAUAUUGAGCAGCACAAUUCAUUUAAGUUAAAUAAUAUCAUUUAUUCUCCUGAAGGUGUUGAAAGUAAAAGCAGUCAGGCCUAUAUGGAAGAAAAAAGACAUCCUCUUGUAAGGUCCCAUUCCACUAAACAAAAUGCAUUAAAGAAACAAGAAAAUGAAAUGGAAACGUCCAUAGAAACUAAUUCUUCUAAAGUGACUGAAAGGCUGGAUGACCAGUUUCACAGCAGAAAAUUAAGUAGUGGUGUAAACCAUGAUGAUAAUCCUGCUAGUAAUUCUGAAGUUCUUAUCAGAAUAAACAAAAGAAAAAGUCCACAAUGGGAGACAACAGAUACAAAUAUAAGGAAAAGGCAUAAGAGACAAUCAUGCAAUAGUGGACAAAUGGCAACUUAUUAUCCCAAGUACGAACUUGCACACUACAAGUGAAAGUCUCGGAGCCGCAGAAUUCAGUAGACAUGAACACAGAAAACGAACAUUUGAAGUCCAUAAAGAUGUGCCUUAAU